CCGGUCCUCCUCUAGCGGGGAAGGUCGUCCUCUUCGACCGAGCACACAGCUUCGGGAGGGACGCACGUGGAUUGGUGAGGGAGGAAGGGGACACCCGCCUAGCCAGCCAGAUCAGCCGAAGCAACCCUGGCGAUCAAUGGGGUGACAGAUGUCGCAGCCAGAUCGCCCUCACAUCCUGAGUUCAUGCCGGAGCUGAGGGAAGGAAGCAAUGCCGUCAGAUCUGGCCGCUCUGCGGGAGUCUGAGGAACAACUCGCACCAGGUGGCCGCCGUUCCGUUGUCAUGGGUAAAGGAGACCCCAACAAGCCGAGGGACAAAAUGUCCUCCUAUGCCUUCUUCGUGCAGAUGUGCCGGGAAGAGCACAAGAAGAAACACCCUGACUAUUCGGUCAGUUUCACAGAAUUCUCUAAGAAAUGCUCGGAGAGAUGGAAGACCAUGUCUGCAAAGGAAAAGUCCAAGUUUGAAAAUAUGGCAAAAAGUGAUAAAGCUCGUUAUGACAGGGAGAUGAAAAAUUACGUUCCUCCCAAGGGUGAUAAGAAGGGAAAGAAAAAGGAUCCUAAUGCUCCUAAAAGACCACCAUCUGCCUUCUUUCUCUUUUGCUCUGAACAUGGAAGCAGGAAAUGGAGUAAAUGCCAGAGAAGGAGAAGCACAGCCCCCAGGGCUGACCCUGAUCAGGGAAUGAACUCCCUCUGUUCCAACUCAGGCCCCAGGGAAUGGCAGCAGCACGCGCAUGUGCACAGGCAUUCAGAAGGCAUAAUACAUCCGAGCUCCUGGGAACUCUGGGAAAUGGAGUACAGGCCGCAGCAUCCCUAG